AUUGGAAUGAUUGCCACAUUUUCUGGGAUCAUUGUCUUGGCUUAUAUGGACAGCGAUGAUUGGGCUACCUCCUUUCUCAUUAGUAAUCUCACCUUGGCCGUUGUCAUUAACAUUUUUAGGGCUCUUUUCAGAGCAACUAACAGUGCUAACAUGGGGAAAUUUCCCGUCAGUUACAUGGGAUCUCUCGCGAACGGAAUUUGCGUCGGGGGCCUUAUUCCUGUUUUGGUCAACAUAUUUUUCCUGACCUUGAAAGUGGAUAUUCAAAUGGCUGGUUUUGCUUGCUUUAUGUUUUCUUUUCUUACUGCCAUUGUCGUUCUGGUCUUAUUUCUUCGAAUGGAGGGACUAGAGUUCUACCAAUACUAUUCCAAAUUGGCGCAAGAACCUGAGGAUCAGUUUGGUCUCUUUUGCUCAAGAACAUGA